AUGUUUGCCUCGCCAGUUCAUCACACUUACACGGGAGGCUACUCCGAGCUUCCCAGAUACUCCGCAGCCCGAUCUCCGGACAGCCCGGGCCUGGGCAGGAUGGAGCAGCUCGGGGUCUUCCACAACAAGCCGAACCAACCGGUGAUCUACAAGGUCCAGGUGACCACUGGGAAAGGUCUCUUAACUGGCACUUUUGACUCCAUCUCCAUCACCCUGGUGGGCACCAACGGAGAGAGCCCCAAGCACCUCCUGAAUCGGGUCGGGACCAGCUGCUGUCAUGAAUCGGCAGAAGAGCAGGAGGUCCCCUGCGAGCACGACCUGGGCCCGGUCCUGCUGAUCCGCCUGCACAAGGACCCCUACUCCUUCUUCCCGGAGAGCAGCUGGUUCUGCGAUGCCGUCCGGGUGACGUCCCCGCAGGGGGAGGUCUUCCGCUUCCCCUGUUACACCUGGGUCGAGGGAUACUGCACCGUCUCCUUCCGGGAAGGCACAGCCAAGACGCCCACGGAUGACUCCCACUACCUGCAGCGGAGGCAUCGGCGAGAGGAGCUGGUAAUGAGGCACAGCAAAUACGGGUGGAAGGAAUACCUGCCAGGAGUUCCCUGGUGCGCCGAUAUCGACACGCCGGAAAGCAUCGAGUACAACAUCCACUUCUCUUUCCCCAAAGCCUCUGCCUUUUUCGGGCGUGGAACCGCCGCGCUCUUUGAGGCCAAAAUGAAGGGCUUCUUGGACAGGCCUUAUUCCUGGGAGAAGCUGGAGGACAUCCGCAAGAUCUUCUGGUUCUACCACACCCCCGCCUCAGAGUAUGUGUAUAAGCACUGGAAAGACGAUGAGUUCUUUGGCUACCAGUAUCUGAACGGAAUCAACCCAGUAGUGAUCAGGAAAUGUACCCAAAUCCCAGCAAAUUUCCCUGUGACCCAGGAGAUGGUGGCUGGGUCUUUGGGGGAGUCCACCACCCUCAAAGAAGAGCUGAAGAAAGGGACCAUCUUCCUAGCGGAUUACAAGGUCCUAGAGGGCGUCCCGACCACCCUGGUGAACGGCAAGGAGCAGUUCAUCGCCGCCCCGCUGUGUCUGCUGCACCAGAAGCCCACGGGAGAAAUCACCCCUAUCGCCAUCCAGCUCAGCCAGCACCCGGGUCACCAAAGCCCCAUUUUCCUGCCCACCGACGACGGAUGGAUUUGGAUUCUGGCCAAGACGUGGGUGCGCAACGCCGAGUUCCACACGCACGAGGUGAUUGCGCACCUGCUCCGUGGCCACCUCAUGGCCGAGGUCUUCACCGUGGCCACCCUGAGGCAGCUGCCCAUGUGCCACCCACUCUACAAGCUUCUGAUUCCGCACCUCCGGUAUUCAAUCCACAUCAAUGUGUUGGCUCGAACAUACCUCAUCAGUCAGGGAGGCACCUUUGAUCGGGCUAUCGCAACCGGACGCAAAGGGCUGGCCGUGAUUCUGAGCAAAGCCCUCGAUAACCUGACCUACACUGACCUUUGCCUCCCUGAUGACAUCGAGUCCCGGGGUGUCGGCUCCCUUCUCAACUACUACUACAGGGAUGAUGGGAUGAAAAUAUGGGAUGCCAUUGAGAGUUUUGUCUCUGGUAUUGUGGAACUAUAUUACAAAAACAACCUCUGCGUUCAGAGAGAUUAUGAGCUGCAGGCCUGGAUUUCUGACAUCUUCACAAGGGGGUUCUUGACCAGACGGUCAUCAGGCAUCCCUUCCUCUCUCCGCUCGGUCCCUGAACUCAUCAAGUUUCUGACAAUGGUAGUUUUCACCUGCUCUGCCUACCAUGCUGCAGUGAACAGUGGCCAGUUUGAGCUGGGGGCCUUCAUGCCGAACCUGCCCUCAUCCAUGAGGAAGCCGCCCCCCCAGGUCAAGGCUGCAGUGACACUGGGAGAGUUCCUGGACACCAUCCCAGAGAUGAACACCACCAGCCAGGUCCUCUCCGUCCUGUGGGUCUUGCGCAACGAGGACUUGGAUAUGAAACAGCUGGGACAAUACGAUGAGGAGCAUUUUGUGGAGGAAGAACCGAAGCAGCUCAUUACAGCUUUUCAAGAACGCCUGGCACACAUUUCUGAGGAAAUUAAGAAGAGGAAUGAGUCCCUCGAGUUGCCUUACACCUACCUUUUCCCACCCAGCAUAGAGAACAGCACAGCGAUAUAGGAAAUGGGUUUUGCAGCACGGUGCAUGCUUCUAGACCAUAUGAAGCAAGCACCGAGUUUCUGGCCCUGCCUUUUUCUUUCUUUGGCGCAGCCCCAAUUCUUUUACAGUUAUACU